ACAAAGGGAUUUUAGGAUUAUUUACGGGUCAACUCAAAAGACAUUAUGAUUUACGCAAUUGAUAAGAAAAAUAAUUCAAUAACACAGUGAGCGACUAGGAAAAUUAUUGAUUUUAAAAAUGGGGCGGAAAGCGAAGUGCAAAUCGACAGCCAGGUUGGAUGGAAAAACGGCGAUAGUGACAGGGGCAAAUACUGGAAUUGGUUUCGAAACGGUCAAGGAACUGUUGCUUCGAGGCGCGCGUGUCAUUAUGGCAAACCGGAAUUUGGAGCUCUCGGAAAAAGCGUUGGAAAAACUGCAGGCGGACAUUCCCAGUUGCGAUUUACAUUUUGUGAAGCUCGAUUUGUCCUCUUUGCAAUCGGUCAAAUCUUGUGCAGAGGAAAUUCUCAGUACCGAGGCCAGAAUUCAUUUGCUCAUCAAUAACGCAGGUGUUUACGCGUGUCCAUACACUUUGACCGAGGAUGACAAUGAAAUGCAAUUCCAAACUAACCACCUUGGACACUUCCUACUAACCCUUCUUCUACUCCCUGUGAUCCAAGCAAGUGCCCCGUCUAGAAUAAUCAAUGUAUCAAGUGGCCUUCACUGGCUUGGAAAAAUCAAUUACAACGACAUGAAGAUGAGAAAGUCGUACAAGCCAACAAAGGCCUACAACCGGAGCAAACUUUGCAACAUUCUUUUCACCUUAGAGCUUAUUCAACGCUUAAAAGGUUCAGAGGUCGUGGCUUAUGCAGUUCAUCCCGGUCUCGUUUCAACGGAAGCAACGAGGCAUUUAAAGGGCGUUCAGGCAAGUCUUCAAAAGAGAAUCGAGUGGGCCAAAUUGACAGCUAAUGAAGGGGCGCAAACCACCCUUCACUGCGUCUUGGACAAAAAGCUGACGGUGCAGAACGGACUCUAUUAUAGCGAAUGCUCCAAAGCUGCCACGUCCUGCAGAGCCAAAAAUAAGGAAAGUGCAGAAAAAUUGUGGAGGUACAGCGAAGAGCGCGUCUCCAGAUUUUUAUAUUAAUCCAUCAUCAAAUUAUAAUUUUUAUUAUGUUGUGUUUUUAAAUUUGACGAAUAAAAAUUUCCUCGAAUAUAAAAUUG